GGAGAUGAAAACAUUAGUCUCCGCCUAUAGAUAGGCGGGACUAAUAAUCUACCAUCAACCAUUUACCCUCACAAAUUUUCAUUUAAAAUAUUAAUGCUUGAGAUUUUUUGAUCAACUCAUCUAUUUUUAAGUUUUCUUAAACCCUGAGAAAGCCCUUGAAUGAAAUCCAAAAUCCUAUCUUCCUCAGCGUUCGUGUGCUGUGAAGAGAGGGUGCAGCGCAAGACGUAAAGACAAUUACAGAGCUCUGCCCUCUAUUGCGCCCCGCAAUUUUUCAAAGGAUUGUCUGCGAUAAAGAUGGGGAAGAAGAGGUCAAGAGAUGAAGAGAGCAGUGAUGUGGAAAAAAAGGUCAAGAGAUUGGAACCCUCCAUGAUAAAGAAUAAGAUGAAGAGGGGCGAGGUGUAUGCCAAAUUGAAACAUGAGAAGAAGAUGGAGAAGAAAAAACGUCACAAGUCUCGGGAUGCUGCAGAAAAACGAGCUUUGGAGCUCGGGGAAGAGCCUCCAAAACCCAAGGUUCCUCGCACCAUUGAAAACACACGAGAGUCUGAUGAGACUGUUUGUAGACCUGAUGAUGAAGAGUUAUUUGCAGAUAAUGCUGCUGAUGAGUUUAGUGCACAUUUUAACCGUGAACAAAUGCCAAAAAUUCUGAUCACAUCAUCACGGUUCAGGUCCACUAGAGGGAACCAUUUGAUUGCGGAGUUAUUAUCUAUCAUUCCAAAUGCAACUUACUAUAAGCGAGGGACUUAUGAACUUAAAAAGAUUGUGGAAUAUGCAAACAAUCGAGACUUUACUUGUAUUGUGGUCACUCAUGAGAAUCGAAGGGAGCCAAAUGGAAUGCUAAUUAUCAACUUGCCAGAUGGCCCCACUGCUCAAUUUAAGCUCUCAAGUCUUGUAUUGCGCAAGAAAAUAAAGAAUCAUGGUAGGCCAACUAGCCACCUGCCCGAGUUGAUACUGAACAAUUUCACUACUCGACUUGGACACCGUGUGGGCAGGAUGUUUGCAACACUUUUUCCACAAGACCCAGACUUUCGUGGUCGGCGUGUCGUUACCUUUCACAACCAACGAGAUUUUAUUUUCUUCCGGCAUCAUCGGUACAUAUUUGAAACCAAGGAAGCAAAGGUAGGAACACCAAAAGGGAAGGUUACUAAAAAUGAAAAAGAUCCACAGAAAGAAACUGUUGGAGCACGCCUUCAGGAAUGUGGCCCUCGAUUCACAUUAAAGUUAAUAAGUUUGCAACAUGGAACAUUUGAUACAAGAGGUGGAGAAUACGAAUGGGUUCACAAGCCUGACAUGGACACUAGUCGGAGAAGAUUUUUCUUGUAAUUUAGAGCAUGUUUGGCUGGAUACUUUCUUGUUUCAGUCCACUGUUUAUUGGAGGCUAUAUUACACUUUCUAGAGUAGCCCAUGCCAUGGAAUACACUGGAUGUCAAAUUUCUCGUUUUGGCCUUGGAAUGAAACUUAAAUACAUUUUGUUGAACUUUCAGCUUGCAGUCUGACACUGUAAAGGAAUAUGGCAACAAAAUUACAAGUUUAUUUGGGCACCUUUUGUAGUAUGUGUAUUUUUAUCAGGUUGUUUUUCUCAAGGAAAGCUCAAAACAAUUGUUUAUUUUUCCUUCCUUUCAGUAUAGCUCAAAUAAACUGAACCUUUCCUCUUUUAGUACCGUUCAAAAAAACUUAAUUUCUUUUGGCUAUUUUUAAGAGAAGAAUAUGUGAGAUGUUAAAAUAAUCUUAUUCACUCUCUAUUAUAAGGAUUACAAGUUUUCAGUAAGCUGUAUAACACCUAUUAUGCAGAGGAAAGCUCCAUCUGCAGAAGUCUCGUGAAAUUUUUUUUUGGUGGCAUGGAGAUUGUGUUUGUAAGGGUGAAUUAUUUAUUCACCCAGUUUAUAGAACUGCCUUGAACAGUUAUGCACAAGUCGAAUAUAUAGAUUUGAUUGAGUUGCUAA